CGCCCCUGGGGCGAGCGCCUCACGCUUUCGAGUCUCUAUGGUAUCAACUUCCACCCCGCGCCACUCCUCGCGAGACCUCGCCGGCGCAGCAAUGGCGAGAUCAUGCCGCGUCACUGCUCCGCCGCCGGCUGCUGCACAAGGGACACACGCGAGACGCGCAACCGCGGCAUCUCUUUCCACAGACUUCCCAAGAAGGACAACCCGAGGCGAGGCUUGUGGCUGGCCAACUGCCAGCGGCUGGACCCCAGCGGCCAGGGCCUGUGGGACCCGGCUUCCGAGUACAUCUACUUCUGCUCCAAGCACUUCGAGGAGAACUGCUUUGAGCUGGUGGGAAUCAGCGGGUAUCACAGGCUGAAGGAGGGGGCAGUUCCUACGAUAUUUGAGUCUUUCUCCAAGUUACGCCGGCCAACCAAGACCAAGGGGCACAGUUACCCACGCGGCCCUCCCGACGUCAGCCGGCUCCGGCGAUGCAGGAAGCGCUGCUCUAAGAGCCGGGGACCCACGACUCCAUUUUCUCCACCUCCACCUGCUGAUGUUGCCUGUUUUCCUGUGGAAGAGGCCUCAGCGCCUGCUGCUUUGCCUGCCUCCCCCACUGUGAGGCUGGAGGCUGGCCUCAGCAGCCCCUUCUCAGACCUCUUGGGGCCCCUGGGUGCCCAGGCAGAUGAAGCGGGCUGCAGCGCCCAGCCCUCACCGGAGCGGGAGCCAGAGCGGCAGUCAUCCCCCCUUGAGCCACGGCCUGUCUCCCCCUCAGCCUACAUGCUUCGCCUCCCGCCCCCAGCAGGAGCCUAUAUCCAGAAUGAGCACAGCUAUCAGGUGGGCAGUGCCCUGCUCUGGAAACGGCGGGCCGAGGCUGCACUUGAUGCCCUGGACAAGGCCCAACGCCAGCUGCAGGCUUGCAAGCGGCGAGAGCAGCGGCUGCGGCUGCGGCUGAGCAAGCUGCAGCAGGAGCGAGCACGGGAGAAGCGGGCACAGGCAGAUGCCCGCCAGACUCUGAAGGAGCAUGUACAGGACUUUGCCAUGCAGCUGAGCAACAGCAUGGUUUGAGUGAGGGGCUUCUGGGCCCAGGGCUGACUUGGGAGAUGCCUCUUAGGGCUUCAGCCUCUUCCUCUCUUGGAAUCCACCUGGAGAGGGACCUGAUCUGAGCUGUGUCCACCAGACCUGCCAGAUGCCAUAAUAAAGUGGAUUCUAGGAGGCCCUGCUAUCUGGCUCAGCUAGGGGCUGGGGCCUGGCCCCUAGAGUCCAGGCUCUCAGUGGUGGAGUACAGAAAAUCCAGUUCUUGGCCCACUCUACCUCAUGCAACUCCAGGCCCCACAGGGUUUUCUGAGGGACCAGCUGGUGUGAGCAGAGGCCAGGAGCAGCACCAGGCACCCUCUCUUUGGUACCUGAAACAGCCCAGAUGUAAGUAGUCUAGUUCCUUUGAAAACACUGAUGAAACCCA